AGCGCUGCGAGCUAGUACGGAGGCAACCGUUUGCAGUGUCGGUUCCCGGCGUCUUUCUAGGUCAAUGCGCUUUGUACGGAAAUGGAUUCUAACGUAACACAGAUACUUCUCGUCGAAAACAACGCCGCAAAGAUAGUUGAAAACGAUGACCAAUGCCAAGAAAGGAGGAGCCUUCAAGAAAGAAAGACUGAAUCAAAAACAAAGGAUGUCGAUGAACAGACGAAAACAUUUAAAAGAAGAUGGAUCAUGCUCUUGUUAUUCUGUCUUUCUUCAGCUCUCAACGCCUUCCAUUGGAUACAAUAUUCCUCUGUUGCAAAUGUUGUAAUGAGAUAUUACGACGUUUCUGCGAUAUACGUCAACUGGUCAUCCAUGAUUUUUAUGGCUGUCUAUGUUCCUUUAGUAUUCCCUGCAACAUGGCUCCUGGAGAAGAAGGGUCUUCGUAUAGCAAUGAUUAUCGGAGUCUUGAUGUCUGCGCUAGGAUCCUGGAUGAAAUUACUUAGCUUGGACAGAGACAAGUUUCUGGUUGGAUUCCUAGCCCAGUUUAUCAUCGGUUCAGCGCAAAUGUUUACCCUCAGUCUUCCUGCUAGGUUAGCUGGUCUCUGGUUCGACUCUUCCCAAGUAUCUACUGCUUGUGCGAUUGGCGUCUCUAGUAAUCAGCUUGGAAUUGCACUAAGUUUUCUUAUUCCUCCUAUAGUUGUCAGAGAUUCAGAGGAUUAUACUCAGAUAAGAAGUGACUUGCAGUAUCUUUUUAUUAUGAUGGCAGUGCCAACAACACUACUUCUGAUUUUGGUAUACUUCUUUUUUGAAGCAUCCCCACCUGCUCCUCCCAGCUUGGCUCAGCUUUCUGCGAGGGAGAGAGAAAAGGGAAGAGGAACUAGUUACAGUACUGUCUUAAAGACACUAAUAACCAACAAAGAUUAUGUUCUUCUUAUGUUAAGUUAUGGAUUAAAUGUGGGUGUUUUUUAUGCAUACUCCACACUACUAAAUCAACUGUUUCUAAUUCACUUUCCAAAUGGACAAACUGAAGCUGGCCAAAUAGGAUUGACUUUAAUCAUAGGUGGUAUGUGGGGAUCAGUUGUUUGGGGUAUAGUUCUGGAUAAAACUCAUAUGUUCAGAGGUACUACUUUACUGGUGUAUGCUAUGGGAGUAGUUGGAAUAGUUGGUUUCACAUACUCACUAUCAUAUAAGCAUUUGAUUAUGAUUUACAUCACCUCUGGUUUUUUAGGGUUUUUCAUGAAUGGUUAUUUGACAGUAGCUUAUGAAUUUGCAGCCGAAUUAACUUAUCCUUUACCAGAAAGUACAUCCAGUGGAUUACUAAAUGCAAUUGGAGAAGCUUUGGGAGUAGUUCUGGUUCUUGGUGCAGGAAUAAUACUGGAUGCAAAAGGAGAUUUCCCAACUAAUUUAUUACUUUCAUCAGUUCUCAUUUUAGGAUUACUAAUAUCUUUUUUCAUUUCUGGAAAAAAACUGCAAAGGCUAGCUGCUAGUCAUGUGCAAUCAUAAUGAUAGACUUAAAACUUAUUAUGAACUAAUUCUUAGCUAUUUCAAUUUUUUUUUUAUUCCAUUCAUAAUUGAAUUAGCUCAAAGAACAUAAACUCAAAUCUAAUAGAUAUUUAAUUCUCAACUUAUUACCAUAAAAAGUAAUAAACAAUGUCAAUCAAGAAUUAUUUCAAUUACAAUGAAAUAGAAUAAAUACAUCCAUUUUAUUCAAUUAAAAAAAAUCUAUCGUUUUCAUACUUGUAAGGAAAAUAUGAAUUCAAUAUCAUAUUAAUUUAUUAGAACUCUGAUUGUUUACAGUUUUGAAUUAGCAAUCAAUAAAUUGCACAACCAUUAAUUAAACUUAUUUCAUUGAUCUAUUUUUGAUAUACCAAUAUAAUUAUUCUUAUAUUGGCAUGAUAAUUGUAUAAAUCACUGGUCACUUGGCUCAACAACUGCCAACCAUCUUUAACUAUUUAUUUAUUUUUUUUAAAUUGCCAACUUAAUUAAUUUUAAAUUAAGUUAAACUUAAACUUAAUUAACUUUAAAUUGCCAACAUUUUUUGACUGGCAACCAUCUAUCUUUAUCUGUUGUAUAAACAACAGAGAACUCUAAUGACCGAAGCUCCUGCACUAUGCAUUGAUACUUUGUCUCCCACAUGGGCAUCCACCAUCAGAGACAAUACAUUUCAACAAUAAAUGUUAAUACAUUUCAUUGGCUCUUUUCUUAUCACCCCUCCUCAUAAUACUGCCUAGCAAAUUCAUAAUUCAAAUUUUAAGUAAUAUGUAGGAUUUCUUAAGUAAUAUGUUCCUACAACUAGUGCUCCAAAAGCUUUUCUAAUAAUACCCUGAUGGGAACAACCAAUUAUCAAUGCAUCCCCUGCAGGCUAGGAGUUGAUUCAUCUUUAUAAAUAUUGUUUCUUCAUGAUUCAGUUCUGCCUUAUUGACAACUGCUUGUAGUGUAAAAGAAGAGGUACUGGGUUUCGUUGUCUCUUAGUUUAAUUUUAACACCAAAAGGCUCGACUUGUCAGAUAGUAUACACAAUUGUGCAUUUUACUAAUCCAAUUAAUUUUGUUAGUCUACAUGGAAAGCACAAUUCAUAGCCAAUGUGAGUUUAUUCACCAUAACUGCAUCAUAAGAUACUCUAAAAUCAAUAACCAGCCUCUAUGUAAUCUAUUGAUACUAUUUUAUAUUCCCAGAAAUGAUCAUUACAAUUAUGUAUUUUAAAUGUAUAUAUUAAUGUGAGUCAUAAAAUCAAUAAAAUAAAAGAACUUGUAAAAUUAUUAUCUUAUUGCAGAUUUUCAAUGAAACAAUCUAUAUUCAUUAUAUUGCACCAAAUUGUACAAAGUACCUCAAAUGAUUUAUAUUUAUGUUUUGGUUAAUUUAUUUAUUUUUUAUUAAUAAAUUAAUUUUAUUUUUAUUAUUA